CAAAGCCCAGAGACCCUCUUUUUUCUAAUGCCUGCACGGUUCACACGCAAACGCACCAACAAUGGCGUCUCUGCAAAACUCACUGUUUCUCAACUCUUUCCCUCAGUUACAGAAGCACAGUACGUUGCCUUGCUGUAAAAGAGGCGGCAUUUCGUUUCUGGUCAGAGCCGAGCAAGUAGGAACGUCCUCAAGAGUGUCUCCUCCUCAAGACAGAACUGGGAGGCGACAAGUGGUAGCUAUUGGAACAGUUGCCCCUUUGGUUUUUCUUGUCAAUCAGAAUUACAAAUCGUUUGCUGCAGAAACUAAGAAGGGAUUUCUGCCGGUCACAGACAAGAAAGAUGGAUACGAAUUUAUUUAUCCAUUUGGGUGGCAGGAAGUAGUGAUUGAAGGCCAAGACAAGGUUUUCAAAGAUGUCAUUGAGCCAUUAGAAAAUGUAAGUGUGACUCUGAUCCCAACAGUCAAACAGGACAUUCGAGACUUUGGGCCACCAAAUGAGGUUGCUGAAACUUUGAUAAAAAGGGUCUUGGCCCCGUCUUCCCAGAAAACAAAGCUAAUUGAGGCAGUAGAGCAUGAUGUUGACGGGAAAGCAUAUUACACAUUUGAGUUCGUUGCUAAGGCUCCAAACUACACCCGCCAUGCUCUCAGCACAAUCUCCAUAGGCAAUGGGAAGUUCUACACUUUGACCACAGGGGCCAAUGAGAGGAGGUGGGAGAAGAUGAAAGACAAAUUGCAUACGGUUGUGGAUUCCUUCAAACUUUUCAACGUCUGAUGUGGUCAUUCAAUUUUCUCGUAUCAGAUUGGAAACAACCACUUCUGAAUUGCAAAGCACCACCAUGCAUUUUCCUCAGUUGUUUAGCAGCCCAAAUACAAGCCAACAAUUAUUUCUUCCCCCUUCUUUCUUGCUUUCUUUUGUGGAUUUGGGUAAAGACGGAGCCUUGUUCAAUUCUAACACGAUGAUGAGGUGUAGCUAUAGUACGGACUACUUAUUGUUUCAAAUGAAAUUACAAUGGAGGUUAUAAUUAUGUGCAGGAAAGCAUUUUUGCCA